GGUUAUCUUUUUAAUUGCUUGCAGAAUUUUGAUCUAAAAUAAUAAUCCACGGCAGAGCCAUGGCCAACAUUGAGCCUCCAACGCGUCUACAGGGAAAAUAUGCUGCAAUAGUGGUAUGCUUUCUUCUUGGCAAUGGAUGUCUUUUCUCCUGGAACAGUAUGCUCACAAUUGAAGAUUAUUACAUUUACUUGUUUCCAAAAUAUCAUCCCUCAAGGGUGCUUACACUUGUAUAUCAGCCAUUUGCAGUUGGGACACUUGCUAUUUUGUCUUAUAAUGAGGCAAAAGUCAAUACUAGAUUAAGGAAUUUGUUUGGAUAUAUUCUAUUUUUCAUAACCACUUUGUUGGUUUUAGUAAUUAAUUUAGCAACAUCAGGUAAAGGAGGAAUUGGAACUUUUAUUGGUAUAUGUGCAAUUAGUGGUGCCUUUGGAGUUGCAGAUGCUCAUGUUCAAGGUGGAAUGGUGGGAGACUUAUCCUACAUGCAGCCAGAAUUCGUUCAGUCCUUCUUUGGUGGUUUGGCAGCAUCUGGUGCAUUAACAUCUGGUUUAAGGUUAAUUACAAAAGCAGCAUUUGAGCAUUCUAAGGAUGGUCUUAGAAAAGGAGCUAUUCUAUUCUUUGCCAUAUCAACAUUCUUUGAGCUUUUAUGUGUUCUUCUAUAUGCAUUUGUUUUUCCUAAAAUACCAAUUGUGAAGUACUACCGUUCAAUAGCAGCAUCAGAAGGAUGCAAAACUGUUUCAGCUGAUCUUGCAGCUGGUGGAAUCCAAACUAUACCUAAAGGAGAAGAGGACUUUGCACAAAUACAAGAGAGGAAGGGAAACAAGCAAUUGUUUCUUGAAAACAUUGAUUAUUUACUUGAUAUGUUCCUAAUAUUUGCAUUGACACUGUCUAUUUUCCCUGGAUUCCUUUCUGAAGACACUGGAGCACAUAGUUUAGGAACUUGGUAUGCACUUGUGUUAAUUGCAAUGUAUAAUGUGUGGGAUCUAAUAGGAAGAUACAUCCCACUCUUGGAGUUCUUGAAAUUGGAGUCACGAAAAUCGAUCACAGUCGCAGUUCUAAGUCGUUUCUUACUUGUUCCGGCUUUUUAUUUCACUGCAAAGUAUGGUGAUCAAGGUUGGAUGAUAAUGUUGACCUCAUUCUUGGGCCUAUCCAAUGGUUACCUCACUGUCUGUGUUAUGACUUCUGCACCCAAAGGAUAUAAGGGGCCAGAACAAAAUGCAUUGGGAAACCUGUUGGUAUUGUUUCUACUUGGAGGUAUUUUUGCAGGGGUGACAUUAGACUGGUUGUGGUUGAUAGGUAAAGGUUGGUGAGAUCUCAAUUAGGACAAACUAAAAGAAUGGUCUUUGUAAAAAGAAAAAAGAAUAUUGGUGUUAUCUUUCUUUCUACAGAUAAGGUUUAAUGGCACACAACAAAAAGGUGUAGGUGUCAUUUACACAAAAUGUAAUAAGAAAAGGAAAACAAUCACUUCUAGUUCAACCAAAUUAACACAAAAUCCAUUAAAUUGUGAUGAAGAGAUUUCAAUAUUAUUUGUAAUUUAAUUAUGGUUUUACUUGUAAUAUUGGUGUUUGUGUUGUAUUGACUUUACUACUAUAGCACUGUACCCAUUCUUUAGUUAUCUAAUUUUGACUGUACUUAGAUUAGAGUAUAUAUAUUUUAUAUCUUUUCAAAGAAAAUAAAUGAAAAGCAACCUUUAUAUUGCUGGCAA